AUGCAGGACUGGUGUCGCUCUGGUCGCGGCGCGCGGUGGUCGUGCGGCUCGCGCGCGUGGAGUGAUGUCCGCGAGAUGAGACUGCCUCUGGUGCUUCUGUGGCUGGGCGCGGCGGCGGCCUGCGGCCCGGGCCGCGGCUUCACCCACCGCCAUCCCCUGCGCCGUGUCAUCCCCCUAGUCUUCGGUCAGCAUGACCCCAACAUCAGUGAGAAUUCGCAGCAAGCUAGUGGUCCUGCCGAGGGCCGCAUCACCAGAAACGAUGAAAAGUUCAAAGACUUAGUGCCUAAUUACAAUCCGGACAUUGAGUUUAAGGAUGAUGAAGGGACCGGUGCUGACCGCCUCAUGACGCAGAGAUGCAAAGAGCGGUUGAACACACUGGCCAUCAGCGUUAUGAUACAAUGGCCGGGCGUGCGCCUGCGCGUCAUCGAAGGAUGGGACGAGGAAAACGCCCAUUAUGAGAACUCCCUGCACUACGAAGGCAGAGCCGUCGAUCUGACGACAAGCGACCGCGACCGCAGCAAGUAUGGAUUACUUGCGGGGCUCGCGAGGGAGGCUGGUUUCGACUGGGUGUACUACGAGAGUCGUUCUUAUAUACACUGCUCCGUUAAGACAGAAUCUUCGGUCGGCACGGGCGCCGGGUGCUUCCCCUCAGGCGCCUUGGUGCACACGGAAAACGGGACACGAGACAUCGCCCUCGUGCAAAAGGGUGACCGGGUCUUGGCUGCGGACGAUACCGGCAAACUCGUCUAUUCAGAGGUGAUAAACUUCAUCGACCGGGAUCCGAACGCGACGCGGCACUUUAUGCAGGUGACCGCAGAGAAUGGUGUGACAAUCACGACAACGCCAUCACACUUGCUACUGCUCGCCGCCGCAGAUGGCUGGCGGGAGGUCUUCGCAGCCGAUGUAGAAAUCGGAGACGUACUUCUGACGAGAGGACCAGGAAGUGUCAUGCGUCCGUCACGAGUGGUAAAAAAGAGAAUGGUGGCUCGCCACGGAGUGUUUGCGCCGUUAACGCAAACAGGAACUAUUAUAGUAGAUGAUGCGCUCGCGUCUUGCUACGCUAUUGUGAAAAGCCAUGCGCUUGCGCACGCCGCAAUGGCCCCGCUGCGAUGGAUGUCAGGUUGGGGAUCGACGGAAACGCCUAGAGGUGUGCAUUGGUACGCCAACGCAUUAUAUUCCUUUGGCGAUUAUGUUCUGCCUUCCUCCUAUCGAUACCGCUGAUUAAGUGGUUCGGGGAUAGGUUUCUGUGGACUUAACGUUGGCAGUGUGAUCCAAUGACUGUUGCCGCGCGCGGGACGUGCCCAUACUCUGUAAAUAAUGGCCAGUGUAAAUAGAAAUGUGAAAAACAUGUUGUAAAUACGAUCACAACUAAUAAAUUCUUUCUCUUUACCUAUGAAAUCGACGACCUUGACUUAUUGCCUUCAAUGGAAUGUAUUUAUUAAGUAGUUUUGUAAGACAUUUCAGCAAUUUGCAUAUUAUUUAGUAACUAACUACGGAUAUAUGUAAAUUGUGUCGAUAUUGUUAUUCUGCACAAUGCAGAAAUACUUAAAUGUAUGCGCUUAUGGUUUUUAAGUUACUGUAUAAACAUUACUAGGUGUAAGUAACGUCUAUUUUGUUAGAGAAAAUUGAAUAUCUUGGAAUUUGUCUUCCUGAUGUAAACAGUAUUCGGUUUCUCAACUUCUUGGUCUGUAAGUAGACAUUCCGCUUUCUUUCGCUGGACACAGAGCAUGUUGGAAUUGUGAUCUUGGUACUUGAAACAGUGACUUAAGAUUUUAUUUAUUGUUAUUUAUUAUAAGCUAGGUAUUCUAUUUAUGAAUUGACGAAAAACAUAGAAUUUACUUUCAAUCUUAAUAUUUCUUUUCUGUUACACUGAGUCUUACAUAAAUAUUGCUUUUCUACUUUGACGGUUUUUCAUUAAUGUUCACUCAGGUAUAAAUAAGGCCAUGCAAUUAAUGUUAUAUUAAGAAAUUUUUUAUAGGCUUGCUACUCGUGUUGCUAUAAACACGAGAGCUUAUGUACUUCAAAGGUAGCUUGUGACACCUCUCAAAGAUCGACUGGAAGAUCUUGAACUGAAGUUUGGGUUCCUAUAGUGAAUUUAGAAUGUUGUUGGACUGGCAACAGGUUUACGAUUAAUAACUAUGUCUAAAUUUCGAAAUUAUUUAUUGACAUGUCUUCAUAUACUGUAAUACUAAGAGAGAUCAGAUAUUUUGAUAGAAAAUCACAAUUGACAUUAAAAAUGAAGAUUACAAUUUAAAAUGUUCUAAGUUACUGUAUUAAAAUGUAGACCCGUAUUAAUAAAUUCAUCUAAGGCGUAGAGUUUGUUGACUCUGGAGUGGACAUCAACGAUAACUAUAGCAUUGUUUCAGACUUGUGAAAAAUCCGCUUACGUAUAAAUUAAUAACGAUUUAAGCCUUAACCAAUCAAAGGCAGGAUUUUGGUCACUUGAAAAGGUGCCAAUGAUUAUAUUUUAUUAAUACAGAACUUCGGAGCUCUUUAUUAAUACGGGCUUUGGAAAUAAUGCACAAAUAUAUGUAAUGUUUUUAGAAAGUCGGUUUCAUAUACAUAACAAGUUAUCGUGCGUACAUAUAUCGGUGAGUUAUUCCUAUUUAGACCUAUUCAUUUAUAUUAAUAAUAGGAGCAAUUAUCAAGAAAAUCU